GUCGUCGUCGCCGCCGUCGUCGCCGUCGUCGUCGUCAUCGUGGUGACCGUUGUGCUGGUGGUGGUGCUAGUGGUGGGUUGUGUUGUAUACUGGAAAGUGAGUGACACGCCGCCGUCGUCGUCGUCGUCGUCGUGGAUAGUGGAAUUGCCGGUGGUGUGAUUAGCAGAACGGAAGAGACAGCGCCGGGACGAAAAAGACGAAGAGAGAGAAAGAGAAAGACAGAGAAAGAGAGAGAGAGAGAGAGAGAAGAGGAUAGAAAGAGCACGGGGACCACGAGGACGACGACGAGGCGUCUUUACGUCGUCGUCGUCGCUCGUUCGCCGUCGAUAACGAGUGAACCCGUAUAAGAUCAGUCGGGAUCAAAUCUCACUCAUCAGAAAGACCAUCCGAAAAAAAAGAAAAAGAGAGAGAAAGAGGAAGACCGGGUUUCUCUCGCGCUGAGUUAACGCGCGGCGAAGAUCGCACGCGACGGCGAGAUCGGCCGAGUGUAAUUUGCCGUGCGCGUGGAAAGUGAGAAAGAGACCGAUAAAGAAGAGCUGCAACGAAGGUCGCCGCCGGUCGGCGAGCAGCACUCGUUGUCACUACGAGAAUCACACGUAACACUCUCUCUCCUGCUUCUCCUCGAUUCGCGACUUCUCUUCCUCGGUAACUUUCCUACCUCUCUUCUUCGAACCAUUCUCCUCUCUUCCCUUCUUCUUUCGCCGUUUAACUUUUUCCCUCCUCCGUCAAAGGAGGAUCUCACCGUCCUGAGCCAUGGCGUGCUGCCUGUCGGAGGAAGCAAAGGAACAGAAACGCAUCAAUCAGGAGAUCGAGCGGCAGUUGCGGAGGGACAAGCGGGAUGCCAGGCGGGAACUCAAGUUGUUGUUACUCGGCACCGGCGAGUCGGGCAAAUCCACGUUCAUUAAGCAGAUGAGGAUCAUUCACGGUUCCGGUUACUCGGACGAGGAUAAGAGAGGGUUCAUCAAACUCGUGUACCAAAACAUUUUCAUGGCGAUGCAGUCCAUGAUCCGGGCGAUGGAUCUUCUGAAGAUCGCGUAUGGAGAACCCUCGAACGUAGAAAAAGCGGAACUCGUGCGGAGCAUAGACUUCGAGACGGUGACGACGUUCGAGAGUCCCUACGUGGAAGCGAUCAAGGACUUGUGGGCGGACAGAGGUAUACAGGAGUGCUACGAUCGUAGACGGGAAUAUCAGCUCACGGAUUCCGCCAAGUAUUACCUAAUGGAGGUAGAUCGAGUCGCGGCACCAAACUAUCUUCCCACAGAACAGGACAUUCUUCGUGUGAGAGUACCCACCACCGGUAUAAUUGAGUAUCCCUUUGACUUGGAAGAGAUCCGAUUUAGUUAUCUUAGUGAUCUAGAACGUAUCGAAAAGCCUGAUUUCCUCCCGACCGAGCAAGACAUCCUCCGGGCACGAGCUCCCACCACCGGCAUUAUAGAAUAUCCGUUUGAUCUGGACUCCAUCAUAUUUAGGAUGGUAGACGUCGGUGGACAGAGGUCGGAAAGAAGAAAGUGGAUCCAUUGUUUCGAGAAUGUUACUUCGAUUAUAUUUUUAGUAGCUCUAAGUGAAUAUGAUCAAAUUCUAUUUGAAUCGGAAAACGAGAAUCGAAUGGAGGAAAGUAAAGCGCUCUUCAAAACGAUUAUAACAUAUCCCUGGUUUCAACACUCCUCCGUUAUCCUGUUUUUAAAUAAGAAAGAUCUGCUAGAGGAAAAGAUCAUGUACUCUCACCUUGUCGACUACUUUCCGGAAUACGAUGGUCCGCAAAGAGACGCCCUAGCAGCCAGAGAAUUUAUUCUGAGGAUGUUUGUUGAAUUGAAUCCGGACAGUGAGAAGAUUAUAUAUUCCCACUUUACGUGUGCCACAGAUACGGAAAAUAUCAAGCUUGUGUUCUGCGCUGUUAAGGAUACGAUCAUGCAAACCGCGCUUAAGGAGUUCAAUCUCGCUUAAAGUCACACAGAAUGUGUAUAAAAUGUUGUCGAAUAUACGCAGAUUAUCAAUCGAACAUAUUUGAUAUCCGGACGCUGAGCGUGACGUAGAUGACGUUUUGUUUCCUCAUAUGCGCGCUGUGUAACAAAAUCGACUUGCGAUUAAGUUAUACCGAUAAUUUGAUUACAGCGAGCGUUAGCAACGAAGUAACGUAUGACAUUUCGUAAAAUAAUUCGAGUUAUUUGUUUAAAUGUUUUUCUCUUCGACUGAAGUUCGUUCUGUGAUCUGCGUUAUGUUCGGCGAUCCGUUCAAACGAAUGAAGAUAUCACGACUGAGUAACAUUUAUAUAUUUUUAAUUGCCAACUUUAGUGUUGAUGCAACUAUACACACACAUUAACAAAGAAAAUGUAAUGUUUAAGUAGGAAAAAUUAUCAAACUCUUGUAAUCUACAAAUAAAAUUAUAAAUACAGCAAUCAAGA